GUAACGUUGUCAGAAUUGCUCAGUACCAGUGCUUGUCUCAGCAUGGCCGCACUGACGCUGCUGUUGGUGUUCAUCCUUUACGCAGGAGUUACUGUCGCUACGUCGAAUGCAUCCCUUCCACGUGGACCAAAAGGCGAUAUAGGUGCUCCUGGUUUCCCUGGCCCACCUGGGCAAAAAGGCGAAAGAGGUCCUGAAGGUAUCCCUGGGGAAAAGGGUAUGCCAGGUAGAGAUGGUUUACCUGGUCCUCCUGGGCCUAAAGGCGACCAUGGAUUACCUGGCCAACAAGGUAUACCGGGGCAGCAUGGUUUUCCUGGAAUGAAAGGGUCCCCUGGAUUGCCUGGUGGUUUACCUGGUGAAAAAGGUGAUAUUGGUCUACCUGGUGAAAAGGGCUUUGCAGGUUUGCCUGGAUUGCCUGGUGGUUCACCUGGUAAAAAAGGCGAGGCUGGUCAACCUGGUGAAAAGGGUUCUCUUGGUCCCAGUGGUUCAAAGGGACUUGACGGUCGGCCGGGAAUACCGGGACGACCGGGUCUCCCUGGUCCCCCGGGUGCUCCAGGCAUCGUGUACUGUUCAAAGCAUUCGAGUGGUCCAUCGGAUGAACCCUGCCCUGAUCCAUGUGACACUAGGGUUGGCGAUCAGUGCACCAAGAACCAAUACUGCUAUAAACUCCGGAACGCUUUGGAAAGAGAAGUGAAAUACUUCCUGGCUGAAUCCUCCAUCUCCUCACUCUCGAAGACUUGGUUCGUGGUUGUAGAUGCAGGUGUGCGUCAGCGAAAUGCCAUUGGGAUAUCUGUGUUUUGUUUCUGUGUUGGAGAAUGGUGGAUUGUGAGGGGUGCAAAGUGGAGUUGUUGCUGGCGUUCAUCCUGUACGCAGGAAGAGUUACUGUCGUUACUUUGGAUGAAUUUCCUCCACGUGGGCCAAAAGGCGAAAGAGGGUGAAAGGGGUCCUCCUGGUUUUCCUGGGAAGAAAGGCGAACCAGGUUCUAGUGGUCCUUGGCAGGUAAAAGGCAUACCAGGUGAAGAUGGUGUGCCUGGUCUUCCUGGACGUAAAGGCGAGAAAGGGAUAGAAGGAAUUAUUGGUUUACCAGGAUUAGUUGGUUUGCCUGGAUUAACAGGAGAAAUAGGCGACCCUGGAUUGCCUGGUCCCACCUGGUGAAAAGGGGUGAGGCUGGUCAACGUGGUGUAAAGGGUAUGCAAGGUGACCUUGGAAUACCUGGUGGUCCACAUGGUGAAAAAGGUGAGGCUGGUCAGCCUGGUGAAAGGGGGCUCUCCUGGUUCCAUUGGUUUAAAGGGAUUUGACGGUCUGCCGGGAGAGCCAGGAAGACCGGGUCCCCCUGGUCCCCCGGGUCCUCCAGGCAUCCAGUACUGUUUCAAAGCGUGGUAGUGGUUCAUCAGAUUCUAGGGUUGGCGAUCAGUGCACCAAUAACCAAUACUGCCGUGAACCCCGGAAUGCUUUGGACAGCAAAGGGAACAAUUAAUGACCUCGAACGCAUCCUCGGGUUUGGACGUAUCUACCACCUGGUCGUCCUCGCUCCCGAAGUCGCAGAGAGCUUCUUACGCUUCCCAGUGCCUGGCUGUAUUCGCCAUCUCAUCACUCUCGAAGACUGUGAGGAUCUCCAGAUCAUUAUGGUACACAUACAAAACAAAUGUACGAAUGGUGUCAUUAUGAGUGUUUUGGCAUUAAGAAAAAUAAAUAUUUAAUCGCCACAUCGAAAGAAUUGUACAUGGCAUGAGUUUGCAACCUUCGUAGCUGAUACAUGGGCUGUAUUUUUUUCAUAAAAAAAUUAAUGCUUAUCAGAAA